CUCCCCUGGAGGUGCGUGUCACCACAGCUGUCAGCUCAGAGGGUCACCAACUCUACCUCCCUCGUCCACUCCCGCGCCCACUCUCUGCAGACAUGGCUUUCUAUAGGCACUCAGGCCCGCGGAGCUACACCACCGGCACCAUGACGGACCGCUUCGACUGCUUCUACUGCCGCGACUCGCUGCACGGGAAGAAGUACGUGAAGAAGGAAGACAAGCACUGCUGCGUGCGCUGCUUCGACAAGCUGUGCGCCAACACCUGCGCCGAGUGCCGCCGCCCCAUCGGCGCCGACUCCAAGGAGCUGCACCACAAGAACCGCUACUGGCACGACGACUGCUUCCGCUGCGCCAAGUGCUACAAGCCGCUGGCCAGCGAGCCCUUCAGCACCAAGGAUGACAAGAUCCUGUGCGGCAAGUGCAGCUCCCGGGAGGACUCCCCCCGCUGCCACGGCUGCUACAAGCCCGUCCUGCCAGGCUCUCAGAACGUGGAGUACAAGCACAACGUCUGGCACGAGGACUGCUUCACCUGCUUCCAGUGCAAGCAGCCCAUCCGCUCGCAGAGCUUCCUGACCAAGGGAGACGACAUUUACUGCUCCCCCUGCCACGAGAAGAAGUUCGCCAAGCACUGUGUCCACUGCAAGCAGGCCAUCACCACCGGGGGCAUCAGCUACCAGGACCAGCCCUGGCACGCCGAGUGCUUCGUGUGUCUGACCUGCAAGAAGCCCCUGGCCGGCCAGCGCUUCACCUCCCACGAGGACCAGGUGUACUGCGUGGACUGCUACAAGACCUCCGUGGCCAAGAAGUGCUCCGGCUGCCAGAACCCCAUCACUGGUGAGCCGUGUGCACAGGGGGAGGGGACCGGCCGAGACACAGGGGAGAGGGGAGAGGAGGAG